CGGUCGGGGUUGCCCGGGCUGGACGGAGGGGAGGGGGCCUGCAGCGUCGAGCGCCGGCCGUUGGGGACGGAGGCUUCGGGCCGGAGUCGGAGCGGGGGAGGCGGGAGCGCAGCUGCAGGAUGCCGCUGUUCGAGGGGCUGGGCACCGGCGGCGAGAAGACGGCCGUGGUGAUCGAUUUGGGAGCGGCGUACACCAAAUGUGGUUUUGCUGGAGAAACUGGACCAAGAUGCAUUAUCCCCAGUGAAAUUAAGAAGCCAGGUGUAACACAGACUGUUAAAGUAGUUCAAUAUAACAUCAAUACUGAAGAACUUUAUGGUUAUUUGAAGGAAUUUAUUCACAUGCUGUACUUUAGGCACUUACUAGUAAACCCGAGGGAUCGUCGAGUUGUUGUUAUUGAAUCAAUUCUGUGUCCAUCGCAUUUCAGAGAAACGCUCACUAAAGUUUUCUUUAAGCACUUUGAGGUUCCUUCAGUGCUCUUUGCUCCAUGCCAUCUUGUGUCACUGCUGACUCUUGGUAUCAAUUCUGCUGUGGUUUUAGAUUGUGGAUAUACAGAAGCACUAGCAUUACCUAUAUAUGAAGGAAUUCUGAUUUUGAAUGCAUGGGAAGCACUUCCACUGGGAGGAAAAGCAAUCCACAAGGAAUUGCAGUCUCGGUUAUUAGAAGAAUGCACCGUGGAUACAGGAACUAAUACUGGAGAAGGCUUGGCUUCUGUGAUGAGCUCACUUCCAGAAGAAACAAUAGAGGAUAUAAAAGUUCGUACUUGCUUUGUGAGUGAUCUCCAGCGUGGUUUGAAAAUUCAAGCUACCAAGUUUAACAUUGAUGGAAACGCUGAACGCCCACAACCACCACCUGAUGUGGCAUACCCACUGGAUGGAGAGAGGAUCUUGCAUGUCAAAGGAUCAGUCAGAGAUUCUGUAAUUGAAAUUCUUUUUGAACAAGAUAAUGAAGAAAAAUCUAUUGCUACUUUAAUCCUUGACUCACUUUUACAGUGCCCUAUUGACACAAGAAAACAACUAGCAGAGAAUCUUGUUAUCAUUGGUGGAACUGCUAUGCUGCCUGGCUUUCUACAUCGUAUUAUGGCUGAAAUUCGAAAUCUGGUGCAGAAACCAAAAUACAAAGAAGUGUUGGCUACAAAGACAUUCAAAGUUCAUACUCCACCUGCAAAACCAAAUUCUGUGGCUUGGUUAGGAGGAGCUAUUUUUGGUGCUCUGCAGGACAUUUUGGGUAGUCGUUCAGUCUCCAAAGAAUAUUACAACCAGACGGGUCGUAUUCCUGACUGGUGCUGCUUGAGUAACCCACCACUGGAAAUGAUGUAUGAAACUAGUAAAGCACCUCCUCCAUUGAUGAAGAGAGCAUAUUCCACGGAGAAGUAGAAAUGUUCAUGUUCUGUAGCACACUAGUUUAUAACUAAUAUACUGUUUGGUAAUUAUGUUGUAUGCUCAGAUUUUCAAAAUUACAUUGCUCAAAAUAUCUACAUGUUGUAUCAAAUAUAUUUGAGCAGUUACUUGAUAUACUUUAAUGUUCUUAGCUAAAACACUGCAUGUUUCCAAAACGUAUGUUAAGAUCUAAAUUCUAAAAGCUUAAAAAAAAAGUAUGGCAUUAAGUUAAUGCAAUAAGUGCUGUUGAAGAUAAUUUUUGGGCUAGGUGGAUGUAAGGGUUUGAAAUUGCAGAUGCUUUACUGGAAGUCUAUUCUGCUACAUAAAUACAUUUUGGGUCCAAAGUUUACAAAAAUAAAAGUUCUUGAAGCCACACUAAGUUUAUGUUAGUUAUAAAAUAUUAGUAGCCAUGCUUUCCAAAUAAUUGUUUGUAAUUGUAUGGAAUACAAAAUACUUUUUUUUAGGGAAAUCGCAUUUUAAACAACUUUGUGCACUUACAAGACUUGCAUUCCUACAAAAAAUCAAUCUUGACUGGUUAGCAGAUAUGAGUAUUGAAAUUUUGCAGAUCUUUGAUGUGACCAGUGUUUCUAUGACAAUGAAAGACAAGCUCCAUUUCCUUGUGAUCCUCCAUGUUUAACACAGUGCUGCUCGUAAACCAGUUCUUUCACCAAGCUUUUAAUCAUGCCUCUCAGUAAUCUCCUUUGACUUGGUAUCCAUUUUUGUUUUUUGAGAUACAUUAAGUCACUGAAGUAAUUUGUAACAUCAAGUCUGUCUUCUCCUUGUAUCACAAACGAUGCAGAUUUCUAUGGAACCCAAGUUGUAUGAUUUGACGUUACAACAGAUAUAAAAUAGUUGUGGAAGGAAAUAACCAUAUUACCACUAUUCUUCCAGAUGAAGAAGCAGAUCGUUGCUGGGCAGAGGACAGUGAAGUGCAGUGCUCUUAUUUAUCCUGGUUUCUGAUUUUGGCAAACCAUGACAACCCUUUAAGUUUGCAAAGUAAAUCAGACUGUGGAUCUUUAGAUUACAUAUGAUAUUCAUGUAGAUAUUUUUAAACCUAUUGUAAGGAUUAUCAUUUUGUAUAGCCUAAAUGUAACUGACUCCAAAAUAACAAAUGUGUGUCAUUCAGUUAAUGUCAAUCAAUCACAUGGCCUCAUUUCAUUAAACUAAACUAUAAACUGACCUAUACUUCUGCAACAAUCAUUUCAGUAAGAACAGUUCAGUUCAUGCUGUAUUACUUACAGCAGUACAUCUAACAAUAAUUAAAUAACCAUUCUUUUUCACUAGAUGAUACCAGAAUAGCUUCAUCCCAGUUAUUAAACUAUGUGCAAUAGUAAUAAUAAAGCAGUUACUAUUGCAAUUCUGUAUCUUGGGUGAAUGUCAAAUGGAGGAAAUGCAUUUACAGCUGGUUGAUCAGUUGUAUAACAAAAGAGCGAUCUGUUAAGAUUUUAAAAAUGUUGUGAAAAUUAUCUACAAAGUUUUUUUUGGUAGUGAUAAUUUUUUAGUUUUACCAAAUUAUUUUGAUACAUCAUGUUGUAUUGUGGUCCAUGUGGUCAUUAAUAUUUCUAUUUCAGAAUUUCCUAAUUGGCGAUUUAAAAUCUCUAAAGUCACUUCCUGAGUGAGCAAAUAUAAUUAUGAAAUUCUGAUAUUUUUCCAAAGUAGAACUUCUUUUGUAGUAGUGUACACUUCUGUGUUUAACAUAUUUUCUGAAUUUGCUGUAGUAUUUGGAUUACUACAUUGAGCUACUCACAAUUGGGCAACUGAACUUUGGAAAUUACAGUUGCACUUGGCGUUUAUGCUAAAUUUGUGACACGGUUAUAGCUAAGUAGGAAAGGCCAUAAAUGAUUGAUUUGUUUUGGAAAAUUGUGGAGCGGGGAUUUUCUUCCCAGAUUACAGUGGUCAAUUGGAAGAACUUAUGAGAAAAUUCCCAGCAUAUUUAUUUUGCCAUACCCUUCAUAACUGUAUUGUUUUGCAUUCUGUUUGGUUUACUUUUACACACUCAAAACAUUAUUUGAGGAAAACCCUGUGGUUUAUUGGAAUUGCGAUGUAUUAAAGCCCUGUUGGACUGGAUUUGGAGAAGUGACAGAUUUUGGAAAGAAUGCGUUCUUGAUUUGUAUGACACGGAGCUUAAAACUGAGACUGGUUCAAUAUUGAGGGAAAAAAAGAAACUUCAUUGGGCUUUUUAUUUGAAAAUGUUUAUGAAAAAUAAAUGCAAUAAAUAUCAGAUUUUACAUAAACAAUUCUGUACAUUACAGUCACGUAAAAGAAAACUGCAAAGAAUCGAGGAGAAAAAAAACAUGGCCUGGAAAUUCCUUUGGCCUUGUACAGAGUUGAGUAUGUUCAAUAAUCCUAGUUUCUUACAUAAAAAUUAGUAACUGAUAUCUCUUAAGUAUCUAACUACAGUAAUUUACCAAUAGCUCAAAAUUGUUAAAAUCCCAGGUGAUUCAGGAGAAGCUGUAAUGACCUUUGUCUCAUUGAUCCAAACUUUGUGCAGAAGAGAUGGGUUUCUAUGGACUACAUUAACCAAUUUCCCUUCCUAGAAAAAAAAAGCAUGAAAAUCAAAGAUAUGAAGAUAGCCACAGAAAUGUACUUUUUUAUAUUACAAUUAACAGGCUUAACAACUCAGUAAAAUUCAAAUUGAAGAUAUGUGAAGAUUAAAAACUCUGUUGAAUGUUACAGGCUCUUUGAAGGAACCCAAAAUGUAAAGAUAGGAAUUAUGUAGAUUACACAGAAUCGGGUAAGAUGUGCAGAAGUACAUGUGCAACAUAUGAUGUACUAAGAAAUAUAUUUACCACUAUAUCCCAGACUAAUAUCUUCUUUCUAUCGCCUCCACUAACAAGUCGAUUUCCAUUCAGGUGUAGACUCCUCACCACCCCAAUAUGUUCAGUCAUGAUGAAGAGACAUUUUCCUGUGAGGAAAUAUUGGGUAUUCUUAAAGUACUUCCCUCAUUACAGCACUAAUGUCAAUAUCAAAAAUUGUAUUCUAAGUUGUGCAUUCAAUCAUAUGUGUGAAUAAAAUCUUUAAUAUA